AUGCCUAGAUAUAUGCCUGGAAAUAUGCCUAGAUAUAUGCCUGGAUAUAUGCCUAGAUAUAUGCCUGGAUAUAUGCUUGGAAAUAUGCCUGGAUAUAUGCCUGGAAAUAUGCCUAGAUAUAUGCCUAGAUAUAUGCCUGGAAAUAUGCCUAGAUAUAUGCCUGGAAAUAUGCCUGGAAAUAUGCCUGGAUAUAUGCCUAGAUAUAUGCCUGGAUAUAUGCCUGGAAAUAUGCCUGGAAAUAUGCCUAGAUAUAUGCCUAGAUAUAUGCCUGGAAAUAUGCCUGGAUAUAUGCCUAGAUAUAUGCCUGGAUAUAUGCCUGGAAAUAUGCCUAGAUAUAUGCCUAGAUAUAUGCCUGGAUAUAUGACUGGAUAUAUGCCUAGAUAUAUGCCUGGAUAUAUGCCUGAAAAUAUGUCUGGAUAUAUGCCUAGAUAUAUGCCUGGAUAUAUGCCUAGAUAUAUGCCUAGAUAUAUGCCUGGAUAUAUGCCUGGAAAUAUGCCUGGAUAUAUGCCUAGAUAUAUGCCUGGAUAUAUGCCUAGAUAUAUGCCUGGAUAUAUGCCUAGAUAUAUGCCUGGAUAUCUAGAUAUAACCAGGAUGGUGGGAUAUGGUGUUGUGCAAACCUUGUGCUCAAUCUUAAAGGGACUAUAG